AUGGUCUGCAAAAAAUGCGAAAAGAAAACAUCCACCCUUGCAGCCCCCGACCCCUUCCAGCCAUCCUCCUCAACCCGCAAAAUUGGUGAAAAUAAGCUCUUAUCAGCUCGUGCCCGUGCGUCGCCUUAUGCCAAGCCGGGACAGGGAGCGAAGAAGGGGAGUAUCAAUCCGUAUGGGAACAAGUGUUUGGAUUGCAAGCAAAACGUACAUCAAAAUAAUGCUACCAGGUGUCAAAAGUGCGCGUACAAGAAGGGAUUAUGCGCCAUCUGUGGAAAUAUCGUAUUAGACACAAAAGGCUAUAAGCAGUCUGCAAAAUAG